UGAAAUUUGAAUGAUUGUUUUGAUAAUUCCACUUUUAUAUAUUGUUUAAAGUCAAACAACCACAACAACAAUAAGUUAUGCUAGUUAAGGAUCUGAUUGGACUACAGGAGUUUGCUCAAGUGAUAAUAUUAAUUAUUAUGAUAUUAGGUAGUACUUCUCAGAGCCCCAUUAACUUAGAAGUAUCAUCUGGAACAUGUGACAAUUCUAUGGUUCUGGACAUUUAAUUUAAGAAGGAUGCUAUGUAAAUAGUCAUGGAGAGAGUCCAAUAUACAAUUCAAUCGAAAGCAGCAGUCUCAAAUUUAUAUGCAACAGACAUCAAUGGAAAUCUUUAUGGUAUUUUGAUGAAAUACAUUAGGCUACACUGCAACAUCAUUUAUGUUUCACGGUCCUUCCGAACAUACAAUAGAGGGAACCAGAUAUGACCUAGAAAUGCAAAUUGUGCAUGAAUUAAAAGUAAUUAAUAUAUAUUGAAUUUUAGUCUGAGUUCAGUGCCACCAUAACCAAAGCCAUAGUUUCAAUAUUAUUCGAAGUAUCAAGCACAGAUCAACCAUUCUUCACAACAUACGACUUUACGUUGGUGGCAUCUGCUGCAACUAAUACUACCACAACCAAUACAACUAAUACAACCAAUACAACGACAACAGCGUCCGUUACUUCCACUAUAGCUUCAAUAAAUUUCAACGAUCUCUUGGGGUCAUAGUUAGAUGCCAAUCCAGCCUAUUACACCUAUGUUGGGUCCUUAACUAUUCCAGGUUUAAUUAUCUCCUAAUACAUUAGAUUGUGAUGAGAAUGUGAACUGGUAUAUUCUGGAUUCCAUUUUACCAAUCACCUAGACUUAAUUAGAUGCUUUUAACACAUAUUUCUUGAGUAACUCAACUUUCGCUUCUGGGAAUGGUAACAACAGGGCCAUAUAAUCAACAAACGACAGAACAAUUAAAAAAGGAGGAGUAGCUUGUGAAGAGUAGUUCGUCUACUUUUUCUCCUUCUUCAUCCUAUACAUUUUUAUUAAUUAUUUCAUAUUCAAAUUGUUAUGAUC